GCAUCAUUGUCGUAGCCGUAUCCGUCUCGCAAAACCCGAACUUGCGCAUCCGGCCCUAAUCGCAGCCAGACGCGGCAUUGAUGUGUCGUCAUUCUGAUAAUCGCCGACGUGUCGAACCAACGCUGCUAUCGAACUUUUAAUAGUACGCGCCGGUUCAGUGCGGCCAGUCGGUCGACGUUCGAUUGUCAGUGCGUAUCCGACGCAACGGCCGCGGCCUGACCACGCGACCAGGGGAGUGGUCAUUAUCUCCGACGUAACAAGCGAGAAAUCACGGAAGAGAUACCGUUGAAUUGAGAAGUUAAAUAACUGCCCUGAGAAGUGCUCGUCUGCAUCAACUCGCACGCGAAAAGACAGAAUGGAUUACGAAACGUUAUCUAAGAGCCUAAUUUUCCCGCUCUCAAUAAUGCGUGACUUCAAGAUGACGUUAAUUUAACGCUAUUGGAUGCCACGUUUGGAAAUCUUUCUCCUCGGUUACACGAAUACUUUCCCUGACAAUUGGAAGACGAAAAUCUCAAAAAAUUUCAUCAUGAUGACGUACGUUCUAAACACCGUGGUCCAUUUCGUCAAUUUGGUGGCUUACAGCUUCACGCUGUAUUAUGCAUUCAAUGUAUUGCACAUUCCUUUUCUCGUAAACAAGUUCAGCAAGUUCGACCCUGGCCAAUUCAAGUAUUUAACGAUGUGGGAUGUGAUUCUGCAAACAAUAUUCUUCUUGAUAUGUCUCCUGAACGAUGUAUUCGGCACGAACGCCAUAAAUCCCAAAAAGGUGCCAUUCACGCGGAAGUUGAAGGACUACUUUCAUGCGAGUCUCGGGUUUCCCAUUGCUAUGUUCGUCGGCGUGACCUUCUGGGCGCUGAUGUUCGUGGACCGUGAACUAGUGUUGCCGAAAGCGCUGGACCCGUACUUCCCAUGGUGGCUGAACCAUUUGAUGCACACGAUGAUCAUGGUGACGACCAUGUUAGAGAUGAUCGUCGCGCCACGGCAGUAUCCCAAGCGAUCUCGCGGCCUCGGAAUACUCACCAGCUUCAUGCUUGCGUAUUUAGUCUGGAUACAUGUAAUCUACUAUAAAAGCGGAGUCUGGGUAUACCCCGUGAUGGACGUAUUAACACAGCCGCUACGGGUCGUGUUCUUCGCCGUGCUGCUGACGUUCUGCACGAUUCUAUACUUUGUCGGCGAGACGAUGAAUAACAUCAUCUGGGGAAAAAAGUACGUAGCGGUAACGGAGAGCGUGGAGCCAGAUUUGAAAACGUAGAAACGGCAGACGGACAAGAGGGAAUCAUAAAUGUACCGAUCGUAAUGUACCGAUCAUCCGGGGAUAACGUUGCCGGGGACAUUUUCUUGCUUCAAGUGAGAAGUGCCUUGGCGAAACCUCUAGUACGUUUGCGGAAGGAAAUUUUUAACUACGAGAGGAAGAUUUUAACUGCGACGUUGAGACAAAAGCAUACGAUUAUAUACGUAGAAAUUAUAUUGGUACAGUUUAAUUCAGCGAGUAACUUAAUAAUACGUAUGGCCUAAGAAUCGAUACCGAUUGUCGUAACAUAUAUUUUCCUAGAAGCUUUAUUUAUAAAUAUGUUCAAUUGUGGAUAGAGACUCUUGAUAUCUGUUUCCUGCCAGAAUGUAAGUUUAAAUUGCAACGUGUGUACGUCACACCAGAAAGAAUUAUAUUAUAUAUUACAAUACAUUGUUUACAGAAUGUGUCUCGCUAAAAUAGUUCGAUAUACUGCAAUAAAAAUGUAAACGACGAUAAUUUUAUCUCUGAUUUUUCUCGGUAAAGAAAGAUAUAAUAUACGCCGAUGCAAUUGAUGAACCUUAAUACUUUGGGAAAGAAAGUAAUAUACAUUUUCGUAUUGCACACAUACAUAUUGUAACAGUGAAAUUUUAGAGACAUUUAAAAAUAUUGUGAGAACAAUUAUGCUAAUGUGAUAACUAUUUGAAAAAUGCGAUACGUAAAAUUGAGUACUGUAUAAAUAUAUUAAUACUUAUUACAAAAUGUAUAUAAAAUACAAUAAUACAAAGAGACACAGCUUAUAGAUAAUACUUUUCAAUAGAGACAUUUGUACUAGCCGUAAAUAUUCGACUUAUAUAUAAGCUUAACAAUAUAUCGCUUACUUUUAUAUAUGUAAAAUAUAUAUAAAAUAUACCUAAAAUAUAUGUAUUAUAUAUAUUGCUAGCUGAAAUUACUAUAAAGAACAGUUGUAAAAUUGAACAUAGAAGGUAAAAAACAAUAUAUAUAUGAUCCUUUGGUGGAAUGUGAAUAUUAAGAUGCGCUUUCAAACAACAAACUGAUAAAUUUUACAGCUUAAUUCUUUGUUAGUUGAUAUAGAUUGCCAAUUUACAAUUGCAAAAUCAUUAAAAAAUGUUUUAUUGGGUUUUAUAAUUCGUUUGUGUUACCGGCAAUAUCUACAAUGCUGAUACACAUUGGCAUUACGUCGUUUUUUACUUAAUUUUAUUGUAUUUUUACAUUUUAAGCAAAUACCAUACGUUUUAUAAAAUUCAAACUGGUCUCGUAUAACUUUCUUGAUAUUUGAUUGGAAUUUUUGUUGUCUGUUAAGCCGCUUUUGAAAAAUGAAAAAAUGUAAAGAAAUAUAUACUCAACGAAACCUGCUAUUUGGUCGUGAUGCAUAUUUCAUAAUGGUGUAUUUAUAGGAAAAAUAAAUAUAGACAAAACUAAAAAAA